GGAAGGUUCGUCGCGGCGAGCUUGGACCUGGAGGAGUGGCCCGAGUUUAGCCAAAUGAGGGGAGGCCGGAGGACGCUGAACGAGAUCGUGCGGCUAGCCGAGAAGGUCCAUGGCCAAAAAUUCGAUGUGACACACCUGUCCGAGCAACAGAUACUCGAGACCAUCAACUCGCGCAGCCCAGGAGCGCCCGGACGUCCAGACGGGAAGCCCACUGCGAGUGAGGUUGAGGUGGCUCGGGCCCAGUUGUACCUGCAGAUCUUGAGGAGCAACCGGACGGGAUACGAAGGCAAGAACCUCAACGAACUUUGUCCUCAGGUGCAGUCCACGGGAGUCCCCGAGUUCUUGCAGCAGUGGUGGGGAAAGCAGCAGUAGAAUGAGCAUCUGCAGGGUCUUGCAGAGUUUACGUGCUGCUUUUUCGAGACUGGGACCGCCGGAACAACAGCGAUACAUCUAGCAAGAAAGCUAUCAAAAGUACCAAGUAGUCUGUAGGAAACGCGACUAGCAUGAUG